CCCUCUCUCUUAUAAAUGGUUUGUUUUUCUUUCAUUUACACCCUCAAAUCUCUUUCUCCCCAUUCUCUCUCUAUCACCAAAAGUCAGCGUCUUGUUUUGUCUCUUUUCUUCUCCCAAUACCACCCCACCCUACCAAUGGAUGAUGAUUGGGAUCUUCAGGCGGUGGUGAGAAGCUGCUGCACCACCACCUCCACCUCUUCCGCCACCUCCUCCACGGUCGCAACAACCACCUCCGGCAGCUCCCAUCUCUUCAGCAGCUUCAACACACAGCAAGAUGUGAACUUUACUUCCUUUCAAGAUCUGUUUGAGCCAAGAAAACAUAGCUUCUUUGAAGAUUUGCAGGAUCUGUAUAAACCCUUUUUUUCACAGAGCAAAACAAUUUCACCACUCUCUGUUCUUGGAGGAUUACAAGAUCUACCACAGCAAGCACAAAUUCAGCCUAAACAAUCUCUUGUAGCAGUAAAAAGUAGUACUUCAAAUACUCCUAGCUCAAGAUCCAAAAGAAGGAAGAACCAUUUGAAGAAGGUUUGUCAUGUACCUGCAGAUAGCUUAUCAAAUGACAUGUGGUCUUGGAGAAAAUAUGGCCAAAAACCCAUUAAAGGAUCUCCCUAUCCUAGGGGAUAUUAUAAAUGCAGCACUUCAAAGAGUUGUAUGGCCCGGAAACAAGUGGAGCGGAAUAGAUCCGACCCGGGAAUGUUCAUUGUAACUUACACGGCGGAGCACAACCACCCUAUGCCUACUCACCGGAAUUCUCUUGCCGGAAGCACCCGGCAGAAGCUGGCGACCACCCCAAGUACCGAAGCCGAUGAUACUGAUAAAAUCACUUGCUCAACACCGGUAUCGCCGGCGGAGAGCCCCUCGACGGCGCAGGAGAAGGUGGAGAGCAGCAGGGAGGACAGAGAGAACCAAGUUGAAGCUGAUGGUGAAGAUGACGAAUUUAGUGUCUCAAACAUGGAUUUGGAUGAUGAUUUCUUUGUGGGUCUUGAGGAAUUCACUAGCCCGGAUCACGAAGAUUUGUUUUCCGAUCUGUUUCCGGCGAGUAUGCAGUUAUCUUGGCUCGCCAGUAAUGCAACAUCCACCGCUGCCGGCAGUAGUUGACUUGCCAGAAAGUGACCCACCUAUGGAAGUCCAUUGAAUGUCGAAUGAUGCUUUUCUUGUCACUCACUUCUCUUUCAUUCUAUAGUGGGUCAACAACAUUUGUGGGCACUAAGGUCUUAGCAAAAAUUUGUGCUCUACGUAACUUCUUUUUGAUUCAAAUUGAUCAUCAAAACAUAAAUAUUUCGUUAUGAGUUGAUCGUUACUUUCAGUCUGACUAAAAGAUGAUGCAUCAAUCUACGACCAACUUGAAAUAAGAGGAUGUUUGUGAACCAUUUUCAUGUAAAAAUGUAUUUUAGAAUAGUAAAUUGAUGAGAAAUAUGUGGUUGAAUA